AUGCACUUCUUGUUCUCUUCGAACAACCCACCCCCCAGCGCCAGCAUCGAGCACGUCCAGGAUGAUCACAUAACAUUAAGCGUGUGCCUAGACGACGCAUGGACACACAGCGGAGACGUGUUUAAAGCUUCCUUCGAGUUGGUAGGACCUAAGAAGUAUGCAGGGAAUGUAAAGCUAGAUUAUGUUGUGGUGUACCUCUACGGAGUGUACAUCCUCAACCAGGAGGUAAUAACGGCUUGUACCAAUGGCCCACUCUCACAUAACCAGGAAAAUAUUAACCUACCAUUCUACGGAGUUAAUGAAAAGGAAGAACAAAAAUUCUUACUCUUCUACUCCAACCCAAUAGUCCUCUGCACCGAUGUUAAUUUUGAAGUCCCCAGUGAAACGACUCAAUACCACCUCAGCUGUACCCUUCCACCGUUCCUCCCACCGACAUACAAUGGAACCGUGAUCAAAUUUAAAUAUUGUAUGUAUGUGGAGGCAGUUAAAAGACUUUACAUGAACAGAACCCAAUUUGUAACCAAGCGAUAUGAGCACCAUCUACCUUUGCGCUUACUCGGUGGCAGAGGUGUCCAUUCGCCGGUCAUCGAUUUGGUGCUUCUUCCCAUCAAGCCCAACAGCUCACAGGGGGAGGACAGAAAUGCAACUGAACAGGAUGGAGAAGACGUGUCUGAGUACCUCUACCAUGACUUUCGUGUGGAAGUGCACGAAGGGGGGGUGACUCAAAGGGAUAAUGCCCCAGCACGAUCGAGUAGGAAGAAGGACCACACCCCACAUCGGGGCAUACUAGAAAGGGGGAGUCCAUUUAAUGCACCUUUCAUUCCGCCUCACCUCUACAACCGUGUUGGAAAAACACCCCUAGACAGACUCCUCUGUUUAUACCUCCUGUGUUCUCUUCGAAAAGAGGACUCAUCUCUCUUCCUCCUCAACCACGUCCUUCCAAACUACAAUUACUUCCAUUACAUGCAUAUCUUUUUGUACAUAGCUCAUCACUGCGAUUAUUAUAUGGGGGAGCUGUCCCUUAGUGGGGACGCCCAUCGGAUGGGCAGCCUCGGGGCCUUCUUCUCUCUGCUGCGCUCGUGUGGCGGCUACCCCCCCCUAGAAGAGCCGUCUGGCGAGAACACCACACACAGUGGAGGGAAGACGAACGUUUUGCGAGACGUCUCCUGUUGCCCCCCCCACUUGUGUCUGCAAAACGACGACAACCACAUGCACGACGCUUACCUCAUGAACUACCCCAACUUUGUGUUCAAUCAAAUUAAAUACGUACCCAUACACUGGUACGACAAUUUGAUUCUGCACCAGCAGUCCAAUUCUCCUAACGAAGCAACUGAUGAGGAAGCCUUUGCAAAUCUGUACUUGGGUGAUACCACCUCCGAGUCGAGCAGCGGGUUGGAGGAACCUGCCCCCACGAGUGAGGGGGUAGAUGCACGUGCUUCAUCUCGGGAGAUGUUAAGCCAAACGAUGGAAGACGCCCCUCAUGAAGGAGGAAGAGUUAGCACAAAUUUACCUGAACAGAGGAAAGAGUUCCUCCUGGACAAAGCGUAUACUACUAUACAUACGAUCGUGAAGUGUAUGCAGGAUGGGGAUAUGUUCAGGCGAAUCAACACUAGGAAGAUAAAGCCACACCGAUUGUCUCCUCACCUGGUUAGCGGCACAACUGAUAAAGGAGGAGGGGGGGUAGUGGUGUCCCCUGCAAAAGACAACUCAAAUGGACCGACACAGAACAAAGAUGCAUCACAAAAUAUUUAUCGUAUAAACUCGGGUAGAAAAAACAUAUGUCUUAUUACCCUGAUGGAUGGUAUGAACAAUCAGGUCACAAAUACCUUCCCAUGUGGUAGCAUCAUCACUGUUAGGCUCUGCUUUGGGGGAGGACCCGUCUCCACUGUCCACGUAGAUAUACGUUUGAAGAGAGUCGAACGGGUAAAAAUAAACCCUAAUCUUUUAACAGCACAACGGAACAGGGUACUUGGUGAAAAUGAAAUGGCAGAUGAGGGAAAUACUUCUGUGGACUCGGAAGGGGUCUGUCAUCGUUCCAUAUGCAGUUACAAAUUAAUUAGUGAAAGGAAUGUUUCUACUCUUCACUGCUCCAUAAAGAAUGUAAGUUUUGUUCUUGGCGAAGACGUCGUCCCCUCCUUUUCAAAUGACACGCUUAGGGUUGACUACCUCCUUGACUUCGAUUUCUUCUGCCGUUCCAAGGGGGAAGCAGCAGCCACAGGCGACACAAACGGGGGCGAAGCAACGAGAGGCGAAACAAACGGAGGCCACAAAAUUAAUGAACCCAAUGAAGAGAAGGGAUCGAUCCAAUUGGGGGCGAAGACGGAAGCGAACGCAGCCGAGGCGCAAGGCGGAACCCAUUCCGACUCUCUCGGCCUCAACGAAUGCCUCGACGAUAAUAUGUAUAGCCGUACCUGUCGCAUCCCCAUCCACAUCACCGGGCGAGCACACGACGUUUGUCCGUACGAUACAAGCAUUAAUGGUACCCCCGCAUGGCACGAUACAGUCAACACAAGCGAAGGGGGAAACACCAGGCAGCUCCUCCUACAAAACAGCCACAAGUUUGUGUACGCUGAUGUGAGACACUUCGUGCGCACCUUGAAGAUGUGA